CCAUAAUAUUAUAGGAUCCUCAUGCUGCAUGACUUCCGAAUAAUUUAUUCAUUUCCAGCUGUUCCUCUUAAUAAUUCGACUUCAACGUAUAUAGCUCUUGUUCUCUUCUUUCUUCUGUGAAUGAGUAAUCAUAUAACACCACGAAAUUCAUCAUGUUUCAAAGAAUUACGACUUUACGCCAAAUCUUCAGUUCUAAGUUCAUCCAAUCUCAAGGGGCAAGAUCUAGCUACCAUACAUCUGGAGCUGCAGUUUCUUCAAAAGAUGAAAAUCUUAGCGUCGAUUGGGAUAAUCUUGGAUUUAAUUUGAUGCCUGCGGAUUAUAUGUACAUGAUGAAAUGUACAGAAGGCGAGAGUUUUACACAGGGGCAUCUUGAUCGCUAUGGAAGCAUCGAGCUGAGCCCUGCUGCUUGUGUGCUAAACUAUGGCCAGGGAUUAUUUGAAGGUACGAAGGCCUUCAGGGGGGAAAAUGGAAGGCUGUUUUUAUUUCGACCUGAACAGAAUGCAGUUAGGAUGCAAAUUGGUGCUGAUAGAAUGUGCAUGCCUGCACCUUCAACCGAACAAUUUGUUGAUGCAGUAAAAGAAAUUGCUCUUGCUAAUCAUCGUUGGAUUCCGCCUACAAGAAAAGGGUCACUUUAUAUUAGGCCAUUGCUCAUCGGAAGUGGCCCUAUACUCGGUGUGGCUCCUGCACCGGAGUACACGUUUCUGAUAUAUGCUUCCCCUGUUGGAAACUAUUUCAAGGAGGGUAUGGCACCGUUGAGUUUGUAUGUUGAGGACGAAUAUCAUCGCGCUUCGCCUGGUGGUGCUGGAUGUGUCAAAGCCAUUACAAAUUACUCCCCAGUUUUGAAAGCUCAAGCCAGAGCAAAGAGCAUAGGCUUUUCGGAUGUUCUGUACCUCGACUCCAGUAGUAAAACUAUCAUUGAGGAGGCCAGUUCCAGUAACUUUUUCAUUGUCAAGGACAAUGUGAUUUCUACCCCUGCACCAAAUGGGACAUUUCUCGAAGGGAUUACCAGGAAAAGCAUCAUUGAGAUUGCAAGGGAUCUUGGUUAUCAGGUUGAUGAAAGGAGUGUUCGCGUGGAUGAACUAGACCAUGCCGAUGAGGUUUUCUGCACCGGAACUGCUGCUGGUGUUGCUGCUGUAGGAAGUAUUACCUUCCGGGGAAAAAGAUUUGACUACAAAGUAGAUGGGAGGCUUGUUUCUCAAAGAUUGUACUCCACACUAGUGGGAAUUCAAAGAGGAGUUGUGCAAGAUAAAUGGAAAUGGCUUGUCCGGAUCGAUUAGCUGAAAUCUCCGUGUGAUGUUUUGCCGAGUAUGGAACGUGAAUGGCCUGUAAUACUGCAAUAUCUUAUUCACCCAUGGAUCUAGGAUUUUAAACUAAAGGUGCAAAACAUAGUAUUGAAAUAGUAAUAUAUUAUAUAUAUAAUUUUCAUUA